AUGAGUCAGGAAUCGUUCAUAUACAGUUUCGUGGCUCGUGGAACGAUGGUGUUAGGUGAGUACACCGAGUUUACUGGGAACUUCCCUGCCAUUGCAGCUCAGUGUCUUCAGAAACUACCUUCUUCAAAUAACAAGUUCACCUACAACUGUGACCACCACACUUUCAAUUUUCUGGUUGAAGACGGUUAUGCUUACUGUGUUGUUGCCAAAGAAUCUGUAAGCAAGCAGAUCUCUAUUGCAUUCCUUGAACGCGUCAAAGCUGACUUUAAGAAAAGAUAUGGUGGUGGAAAAGCAGAUACAGCUAUUGCCAAAAGUUUGAACAAGGAAUUUGGACCAAUUAUGAAAGAACACAUGAAGUAUAUCAUUGAUCACGCUGAAGAGAUUGAAAAGCUAUUAAAAGUGAAGGCCCAAGUUUCAGAAGUUAAAAGCAUCAUGUUAGAAAAUAUAGACAAGGCUAUUGAUAGAGGAGAAAACUUAACCGUUCUUUCAGACAAAACCGAGACAUUGCGUUCACAGGCUCAAGAUUUCAGAAAGCAAGGAACACAGGUCCGGCGCAAGAUGUGGUAUCAGAACAUGAAAAUUAAAUUGGUUGUUCUUGGAAUUCUGUUGUUUCUGGUCCUGGUUAUCUGGCUCUCUAUUUGUGGUGGAUUUGAUUGUUCAAAUUAG